UUUAUCAGAUCGUUGUUACGACUGAGAAAACCUCCUGAAGAAACUCACUCUUCUUGUCGAUCAGAUUUGCCAAUGACAUAACCAAGGGUUUGCAGACUCUUCCUGGGGUUGAGUCGCCCAACCCCAACGCUGCUGGAUUGUUGUGGUAACGUUGUGAAGUUGAAAGGAAGCUGAUUUGCCGCUCACCAUGCCAGCCCUCUCCACCAGAACUGGCAGUGAGAUAGGUCUGUAUGAGCUGUUGUCUGUAUUGCCGUCUCAGCUGCAACCUCAUGUUGAGAGCGCAGAUGACCGCUCCUUUCUACACGCUAUGUUUGGGGAGAGGAGUCUAUAUUCAUUGGUCAAGAUCCAUGAGAAGUUACAGUGUUAUGAAGACCGUGCACCGACUCCAGUACUGGACAGCGCCGGGUCACUGGCUCAAAACUUGACAGAGGAACUUCAAGGAAGAAGUGCAAGUAAUGAGAUCAGAGAGCUUGUCAAGCUACUGUCUAAACCACAUGUAAAGAGUUUGUUGUCUGUUCAUGAUACUGUGGCCAGGAAGAGUUACGAUCCAGAACUUCCUCCUUUGCCAGAUGACAUUGAUGAUGAAGAAGACUCUGUCAAGAUCAUUCGACUGGUCAAGAAUAAAGAGCCUUUGGGUGCCACCAUAAAGAAAGAUGAACGUACUGGAGCGAUCAUAGUGGCACGCAUCAUGAGGGGCGGGGCAGCAGACAGAAGUGGGCUGAUACAUGUCGGAGACGAGCUGAAAGAGGUUAAUGGUAUCCCUGUUGAUGACAAAAAACCUGAGGAAAUAAUCCGCAUUCUGUCCCAGUCGCAAGGUGCCAUCACUUUUAAAGUGGUCCCAGCCAUCAAAGAGGAGGCACAAAGCAAGGAGCCCAAGAUGUUUGUAAAGGCGCUUUUUGACUUCAAUCCAGCUGACGAUAAGGUGAUCCCUUGCAAGGAGGCAGGCUUGGCGUUCAGGAUGGGAGAUAUCUUGCAGGUUAUGAGCCAGGAUGAUGCCACCUGGUGGCAGGCCAAACUCGAGGGCGAUGGCAACCCGCGUGCUGGACUCAUCCCUUCCAAACACUUACAGGAGAGGAGGUUUGCAGUCUGGAAACCCACAACCAUCACUACUCUUCAGAGGACCCCCAGCAAAAGAUUUUAUGAUGAGACAGUCGAAUGGGUGGAGGAGAUUGAAGAGGACAAUGAGUUUGCUUCCUAUUUAAGUGGACUCCAUAUUGCGGGUCUGCGAAGGAGUUUUCGUCUCAGCAGAAGAGAUAAGAAGACAAAUAAGUCCAUGUAUGAAUGUAAGAAAAGUGAGCAGUAUGACACAGCUGAUGUGCCGACUUACGAAGAGGUGACAACCUACCGCAGAAAACACGGAGACAGACACAGACUUGUCGUGUUAGUUGGUCCUACUGGUGUUGGUUUGAAUGAGCUCAAAAGGAAGUUGUUGAUAUCCGAUCCACAACAUUUUAGUGUCACCAUCCCACACACCUCUCGAUCGAAGAGACAUCAGGAAAACGAUGGGGUGGAGUAUCAUUUUAUCUCCAAACACCUUUUUGAGGCAGACAUUCAGAACAACAAGUUUAUUGAACAAGGAGAGUAUAAGGGAAAUUACUAUGGGACGAGCUUCGAUUCUGUACGUUCAGUCCUGUCUAAGAACAAGGUGUGCCUUCUUGACGUACAGCCACAUACGCUAAAACAUCUUCGCACGGCCGAGUUUAAGCCCUACGUGGUGUUUGUGAAGCCUCCAUCCAUCGAGCGUUUGAGAGAGACCAGGAGGAACGCAAAAGUCAUCUCAGGCAAAGAAGAUAAGAACUCAUCCAAACCCUUCUCGGAUGAGGACUUCCAGGAGAUGAUCAGUGCCUCUCAGAUGAUGGAAAACCAGUAUGGUCACCUCUUUGAAAAGGUCAUUGUGAACGAUGACCUCACUGUUGCCUUCAACGAGCUCAAGCAGGCGCUCAGGAAAGUGGAGACAGAAACUCACUGGGUGCCCAUCAGCUGGACUCAUUCCUGAGGGGCUGCACAAAAGGAACAAAGGAACAAGGCAUUAUAUUUUGGGGGGUGGAAACGAAGGGAAGGACUUUAAGAACUGUGAAAGAUUUCUUUUUAUUGUUUCUUUUUAUUUUUUUGGCUGUAAAUGGUGACAGGGAAAAUAUUUUAGUUGUCUU